GCCGACUUCGACAGUCGCUCCCGUUCGCCGCGUGGUCGUGGUGGAGUAAAUGCGAUCCCUCUUGGCCGGUAUGAACCACCGGAGACGGAGGCGAGGCUGAGCGACGAGGGAGCCCGCGUUUGGAUCCUGCACAGUGAUGCGGCAAAGGUCAUCGGACGGAGCGGCCGGGCGUUGAGGGAGAUCGAGAACAGGACAG